AUGCGUUGUUCAACACCAGACGAACUUGUCCGUAUGGUUAGACUAUACAAAAUAGAAAAUAAAGAGGAGACCAAGGAAUGGGAAGAAGAGCCGGAGGAACCACUUCCUCAAGAUUGCUGUGGACAGUCAUGCCGUCCAUGCGUUUUCGAUAUGCAUCACGACGAUGUAGUCCGAUGGGCAAAAGAAUGUGCCAAGCAAAUUCCUCACCAAAGUUCAUCGUCACUUUACUCCCACUUCUACCCAGACAAUAGAAAUUUCGAAAAAGGAUCAGCCGACGACAUGUUUUCUCGUGACGAAUAUAGGAAAUUUCAGUUGCUUGAUAUCGCGUCGUUAUCACCUGACACCAACCUGUAUACGUUUGCAAUAUCUCAAGGGAUGCCAAAUCUGCCCGUUGGAAGUCAUCUUCGAACGAGGUACAUGCAACAUGGUUAUAUAGGAAAUUCUCUUUAUCUUACCAAUCCUGAUCACAAAAUUCUGGGAAGAAUACAGGGGAUUUGA